AUGAGCAUGGAAGAAUCGAUCUCCCUCGAAGAGACCAAUAAAAUCCGUAUCUCCCUUGGUCUAAAACCCCUUACGGAUGACAAAGCACCAUCGAAUGAUAAAGAACAAGAGGCAGAACAGAACUAUACAAACCGCAAAAAGCAAGAGGAGGACGAUCGAAAGAAGGGGGAGAUAGCAAAGAACAUAGCCAAGGCCCGUAAUCGAAUAGAACUCAACAGACGACUCGUGGGCGCUACUCUCGGCGAUGCAGACGAUGACGCUGGCGUAGACGCCAAAAACUGGAUUAAAAAGGCGAAAAAGAAAGAGAAGGAAUUGGCAGCAAAGAGGCAGGCCGAGUUGGAGAGCAUGGACCGGAUGGCGCAAGCUACCUACGAUGAACGUGACUUGGAAGGACUAAAGGUCAGCCAUGACAUGGACCAGCUCAACGAGGGUGAAGACCGGAUUCUGACGCUCAAAGAUAGCCGGAUUUUGGAUAAUGAGGAGGACGAGCUUCAAAAUAUUGACAUGGCCGAGGACGAAAAGGACAAGGAACGGCACGAACUCAAGACGAAGCGAAGAGAUUACACUGGUUAUGACGAUGACGAGUUCUUACCCGGUCAAGCUGGCAUGAAACGUGCUGUGUUAUCCAAAUAUGACGAGGAUAUUGAUGGGCCAAAGCAGGGGCAAUCGUUUCGCCUUGGAGCGGCUGCUCAAACUGGCCCAAAAAUGAGCAUUCAAGACGACGACACGAUGUCAGUCAAUCGCGCGCUCUUGUCCUUGGAGUACACCAAAAACGUCGAGAUAUCAGAUUACCUAAAAGAGGGAGAUAUCGGGUUCAAGAAACCAAAGGCAAAGAAAAAGCGCUCUUCUCGACGCAACCAACCCGAAGAAUCCGAGCCAGCGCCUGAAUCUGCCUCUAUGGACGUCGACGAGAAGCCCGCGCCUACGUUCACGCGUCGAGAACGCAAUUUGGACGCUAACUUCGUCGAUGACGAUGAAUUGCAAGCCGCUCUCGCUCGCAGUCGACGAUCAAAGGCACGGAAGAUCAAUAAACUCAGUCCAGAAGAGAUCGCCAAACGAGUGGCCGACGAAAAGAACGAGGCGGAAGCUGAGGAGGCUAUGCGCAACGAAGAGACUGCCAAAGGAGGACUCGAACUAGAUGACACUUCUGAAUUCGUACGAUCCGUCACGUUUGACCCCGUCGCCGUUGAACCCAAAAAACUAGCACUACAACUACCUACGCCUGCAGCUCCAGCUCCAUCCUCGGGCCAAGUUGAGGACCAAACUAUUGAGAGCAUGGAGGUUGAUGAUGAAAAGGAGGACGGCGAGGCGGACGAGGAAGACGACGAGGCGAUGCUAAAUGCGAUCGAGGGCAUGAUUGCUGCUGCAGCUGGGGGCACGAUGCCUGGGGAGGCACCGUUGAAUAUCAAGGCCGAAGAGGAGCUUGAAAUAGGAACCGCUGCUGCUGCGGCCUCUGGUCGCGGAAUGGCCGGUACGCUCAAAGCGCUCAAACAACAAGGCCUUCUCUCUGGCCCCGAUUCCGAGGUCGAAGAACGCGAGCGCACGCAGAAACAUAAGGACGCAUGGCUAGCUUCUCAUCGCCGACUUCUUGCAGAACGUGAACUCGCGCGGUUACGGUCAAGAGGGAUGUCCAAGGAUCAGGCUGCACGUGAAUACGAGAAUCGUGUGCGAGACCAACAAGAAGCGAGGGAGACAAUGGAAAGCUACAAGGACUACAAGCCCGAUAUCGAGCUGAAGUAUUAUGAUGACACUGGACGAGAGUUGGACACCAAGGAGGCGUGGAAGGCGCUCAGUCAUAGGUUCCAUGGCAAAGGCAGUGGGCGUGCCAAGAUGGAGAAGCGAAUGAAAAAGAUUGCGGAAGAAAAGAAGAGGCAGGCGAUGAUUGCUGGCGACACGCCGUUGAGUAUGAACAAGGCGUUCCAGACUCGCCAGGAGAAAGCUGGCCAGGCGCACAUGGUGUUGUCGGUCGGAAACAGAGGUGCUGUGCCCCAGCUUGCUGAAUUUCUGGACAAUCGCGACAUAUCUAAAGCGAACAAACAGGCUGACAAGGGUAAAAAGAAGAAAGUCGAGGGCGAGGCCACGCCCGUCAUGUCGUCAGUUGACAUCACAUCGUUCGUCGCACCUACCACUACCGUGACUGCUUCUACCAGCCAAGCGUCUACACCUCCGCCGCCCAAGAUGAAGCCCGCCUUUUCACGCGUCACUGCCGAACCUGUUUCUGGCUCGGCAUCUCCUGCAGGUGGAGUGGGGUUGGAGCGCGGCAAGGUUGCGUUUGGAUUUUCGGUCAAGAGAAAGGCUGAGAAUGAGGGCGAGGGAUCUGGGUCUCCCAAGCGACGAUAA